CGCGCGCGGAAUCACUUCUGAGCCUCCUCGGCUCCCGGCUCUCCCGCCUACCGCGAGAGAGUGUUUGUCCGGCUUCUGGGCGACCUUUCGCGCGAAGGAGGCCGUGCCUUCACACGGGUUGGGGAAGUGGACGCCUGGAGAACGGAAAUCCAUUUAUCAAAAUUGACUCCAGAAGAGAGAACAUAAUAGAACAAAAACAAUGGAAGAAAUUGGGAACAUUAUCAAAAAGCUAUCAUCCUGCCAAACUCCAGGCUCAGAUGGUAUUACAGGUUAAAAAAAGUCCUUCAUGAAAAAGAAAGAUCUUAAGCAACAUGAUGGAUUCAGAAGCUCAUGAAAAGAGACCACCAAUACUAACAUCUUCAAAACAAGAUAUGUCACCUCAUAUUACAAACGUUGGUGAAAUGAAGCAUUACUUGUGUGGCUGCUGUGCAGCCUUCAACAACGUCGCAAUCACAUUUCCCAUUCAGAAGGUCCUCUUUCGACAGCAGCUGUAUGGCAUCAAAACCCGGGAUGCAAUACUUCAGUUGAGAAGGGAUGGGUUUCGAAACUUGUAUCGUGGAAUCCUUCCCCCAUUGAUGCAGAAGACAACUACGCUCGCACUUAUGUUUGGUCUGUAUGAGGAUUUAUCCUGCCUUCUCCACAAGCAUGUCAGUGCUCCAGAGUUUGCAACUCGCAGCGUGGCAGCAGUGCUUGCAGGGACAACAGAAGCAAUUUUCACUCCACUGGAAAGAGUUCAGACAUUGCUUCAAGACCACAAGCAUCAUGACAAAUUUACCAACACUUACCAGGCAUUCAAGGCACUGAAGUGUCAUGGAAUUGGAGAGUAUUAUCGAGGCUUGGUGCCCAUUCUUUUCCGUAAUGGACUCAGCAAUGUCUUUUUUUUCGGCCUCCGAGGUCCCAUUAAGGAACAUCUGCCUACCGCAACGACUCACAGCGCUCAUUUGGUCAAUGAUUUUAUCUGUGGAGGUCUGUUGGGUGCCAUGUUGGGAUUCUUGUUUUUUCCAAUUAAUGUUGUAAAAACUCGCAUACAGUCUCAGAUUGGUGGGGAAUUUCAGUCUUUCCCCAAGGUUUUCCAAAAAAUCUGGCUGGAACGAGACAGAAAACUGAUAAAUCUUUUCAGAGGUGCCCAUCUGAAUUAUCAUCGGUCCCUUAUCUCUUGGGGCAUAAUCAAUGCAACUUAUGAGUUCUUGUUAAAGGUUAUAUGAAAACACCACCAGUUAAGUGCCAUUUUUCAACUGAACAGAACUUCUAAGAAGAAUGUAGUUUGGCCUCUUUCUUAAUUGGCCAAAUACAAGUUGGUGUCAUAACUCCAGGCCACAGUGAAUUAUGGGCAAAGCUGUUUUCCUUAAGCAUCAACAAAACAGAAUGAAAUGUUCCAAUAGGAAAAUAUGGGGAGUUUUGUUUGCUGGUUUUGUUUUUUAUCAUUACCUAAGAGCUUUAGGCUAAUUGCCUGGUAAAUAGCUGUCCAUCUGAUGGCCUUUGACAGGGAACCUAAUCCCCAAGAUAGGAUUCUAUUCUUCAAAUCAGUCUUGAAAUCUUCUGCAUUGAAACAUAAGUGUUUGUAACCGGCCAGAGAGAAGGUCCUCAGGGGCCAGGGGCUUUUCAGGCUUACUUUUUUACUCCAUUACUUGCUUCUCUGCCCUCAGGAGGAGCUGUAGAGGGUAGUCUUCAUUAAGCUCAAGCAUAUAACAAAGGAGCAGAACAGAGCAGAAAAGCAGCUUAUUAGGUAUAGGCUUUUCAUGGUAAAUUGCUUGUAUUCAUUUUGAAACUAAGCAUCUAUUGGAUAGUCAUUAUACUAUUUCUAUUUAGAUAGGGUAGAUCAAGGAGCUAUGAAAGUUAGCAUUUUGCUUUCCAGUUUAAAAGUUUUCUGUUUGAUUUUGACUGUGACCUUCAACCCUUCCAAAAUAUCCUUAUGUUAAUUUCACUUAUUUCAUUGCCAAAAGAUGAAGGGACUUAAAUUUUGUUAUAAGUGUUCCAUCCUGUUAAGUUUUCAUAUUAAUUGUGUAUAGAUAAAAUUCCGUUUAGCUUCGUUUCUUUAAAUUAUUGGUGCCAUCUCAGCAAAGGUCUGUGGUUAUUUUUCCCCUUGAGUAGGAGCUGGUCAUAUUCAAGCGUCCUGUUCUCUUAAAACUCUCCUUUUAAAAAAUAAACGCUUCCAUAACAUUUUGUUUUGGAUGUCUGUCAAUGCAAUCCCACUUUUCCCCCCCUAGUUUCUAAAUGUUACAGAGUGGGAAAAAGGCUCAGGAUCAUUUUCAUCCCACAGUGUUGGCUGUCUUUUAUUUUAUUCUUGGAAAUAGAGACUUUAUCAGGGUUUUGAGGUUUUGGGAACCCAGUUUUACCAUUGUGUCAGUAAAAGAUAGUUUGAGAGCAUAUGAUCUAAAUAAACAUGUUUGAAGGGUUAGUUUGAAUUUUAAAAGUAGGUAAUAGCCAAAUAGCAUUCUUAUCCCUUAACAGAGGAAAACUUCUUUGACAAAGGAAUUGGAAAAUGUGAAAAUAUUUUCCAGAUAAAGCAAAAUGAUUCAUAUGCCACUUAAAACUGACUAAUGAAAUAUAAAAGACAGACUGAAAAAGUGGAUUAUGAAUUCUAAAACCCUUUCUGUAAAUAUGUAGUUAAAGAUUGAUUUUCAGCAUCUGACAUGAUGGUAGGUUUCAUGUUAACCAGUUUUUCUUCUUUCUGGGUGAUUGCAUGUGAGUAUGUGCACCUACUGACCAAAAUAAAAUCAGGGCCUCAACUUGGUAGUUUACUGAAAGUUUCUGGGCAAAUAGUUCAUAAAAGCUGUUUACCUCUAAAUGCGGUGUGGCUGGUGAAAAGCAGUGAACAUCCUUCUUCCAGCUGUAAAGGAUGAAGCAUGUUAAGUGUUAGCCAGGCAGUAAUGAAGCUAAGUAGCCAUACGGCACCUCUGUCUGACAGUGUUGUGCUGGAUGUUGCAGUUUACUUUAAGGUGCAGAUGUAAGCAUUUAAAAAUAACAAUAAUUUGGCACCAAAUAAAUAUGAGUAACGUCCUUUGGCCUAUUACAGUCAGAAUUUCAAGGGAGUUGAGUUUGAAAAAUGAAUGAAUAAAGGUGCCUUGGUGCCUGACUCCCUUAUUCCUGUAUGUGACUCUUUGCAUCACAGGUGUGUCCAGCAACUCAGCACAGGGCAGGUCGGUUAGCCUGGGGUUCUAACUUGGCCCUGGGAAUAGACAUCGUUGGGCCUUUGGUUUUGUUGGGCUUCCUUGUGUCUUUACACUCCAUACAGAUGGUAGAAAUCUAAGUUCUAAAGCACUUUUGUGAAAUACAAGCUAAGUGAGAAAUCUAAGGAAAAUGCUUUGGUUAGUGCUGUCUCAAAUAAGUGGCAUUUAAAAACAAUUACUAAUAAAUAUUUUUAAUGGUUUUAACUCGG